UGCACGAUCACGGCACGUUUCGCAAUCUUAUGUACAUUGUUUACACAAAAAGUCAGUUGCGUAACAAGAUUUAGUACAAGAGUACUGGUACAGUGUUGUCUGGACUACUCAAAACUAAAGAUGCCGCAUAGUGGUGGAAGAAUUGCAGUCAUAUUGCUGGGUGCCCUGGUGUAUGCCAUAACACUAGCAUUGUCCUACCUAUCUUCAACUGAUGUCAUUCCAGGCCUUUACAAAAAUAAGACUGGUGAUAUAUCAGAUGCGUACUACCUCAGUGUUGUACCAGCCGGAUGGGCGUUUGGAUUGAUAUGGGGCAUCAUCUAUGUAUGGAAUGCCAUAUGGUUCAUCUACGCCUUCACCACCAUCUGCCGACGAGUCGGGAGCAAAUACAUCUACCAGCUUAACAUCCUACCUCCAGCGUUUUAUGUUGUGUUCAUGUUGAAUAAUGUCAUUGUAACUGCCUGGUUGUUCCUUUGGGAUAGACUGUAUCUAAACUGGGCCUUACUGGACAUAGCUUUCACGCCCUUUACCCUCUAUAUUUGCUUGAUCAUUAGCUUCAGGGGGCUGUACAAUAAUAUCCAGAGACUUGAAGAAAAUGGAGCUUCAAAGGAGAUCUGGUUCGUAAGACUGUUCCUCCAGAAUGGAAUGGCCUUCUUUGCCACAUGGGUUUCCAUUGCAACUCUUCUGAACUUCGCAGUUGUCUUGACCUACUACUGGGGCGUGGCUAUGCAAGCUUCAUCAAGCAUUGUACUUGGAAUCCUCUGCUUCGAAGUCAUUGUAUGGUUCAUCUUGGAUCAUUUUGUUUUCGACAAGUAUGUUCGCUACACCUUAACCCCGUAUAUCGUGGUUGUGGUAGCCUUGGUUGGAUCAUAUUUGAAAAACUAUGAUUUGGAUGACAACUACCGCAACUCCAUUUUCAUUGUUGCUCUGCUUGCGUUCAGCAGUCUUGUUCUGUUGCUGAAGUUUGUCAUUAUGUUCGUCAGAGCUAGAACACGCCCCAUUGCCGGCACUGUUUCAGAUGAAGUUAAAGGAGGAACUCUUGCUUAGAAUCUAAAAUUGUGGACCUGGGAGGUUACUGUAUACUGAUUAGUGGGCAUUAUUAUGAAUACUUACGCUAUAUGUUAAAUUUUGGUGCCUGGGGACCCCAUAUUAUUCUGGUAUCUUUUGAAAAAUGUGUUGAUUGCUGAUUAUUAAGAUGAGAUCAUGUAAAAUAAAUGACUGAUACAACAGUUUUGAUGAAGUUAUCACAGUUCAAAUUUUUGUUCUUUUUUUCCAUUGAAAUUGGACAUAAAACGGCUUAUUCUUCAAUGGCUUAAUCUUCAAUCUUUCAUGGCCCAAAGGGCUAGUUUUCAAUAUUGUUAUCGGUAUUUGUUUCACGUAUACUUGUUCUACUCAUAAACCCUUUCGGCGAUACCCAAAUUCUAUAGGGUCACCAGGCACCCAAAAUUCACACUACCCCACAGGAUACCUUAAAUCAAUCUGCUUUGACAGACACAGAUAUGAAUUGUAUGGUUACGUGGUUGUUAAUUCUUUGGGUAAAUAUCUUAACGAGCAUGUGGCCUGUUUUAAAGCAUUAUGGACCAUGUUGUGAUAUUUCUUUGACAAUAACUUGGCAUAAAAAAUAAAUAUGCUUUUCUGAAAAUAAUCAUGGCUUGUGUAUAAUGAAUUAUGUGACCAUGUCUUAUACUGUGAAUACCUCUCUAGGGUUUUAGCUUUGUUUUUAUAAAGGACCGGGUGCUGCAGAAGAGGGACAGGGUGCUAACGAAGAAAAGGGCACACUGUAUAGAGCUGUGUAUAAUUUAAUUAAUCAUUAUGAAAAAGUUAGGAAUUGUGUUAAAUUCAAGUAAUAAUAGGUUUCAACUGCCAACAUGUUAAGUGUGUAUGUAAUUUAAUCAUAAAAAGCUUUGAUCAAAACAAAAGAAAUAUUUGACUGUCUUAAUUGGCAUUUAGUUGUAUGAAGGGUGCCCAUGGGAACAUGGUGGUGCCAAAAAAAUACAAGGUGCAGCACCUUUCUUUUUCUCUUGAGCUAAAACCCUAACCUUAGUAAUUUUGAUACCUCAAUUAGAAUUUGUUUUCAAAUAUGGCAUUUUAUAGUGGAUCUGUAUAUAUUAUAUUUUGUAUUUUUUAAGUUGUACUCAAGAGAUCUUUUGGUUUUUCCUUCACAUUUUAUUAUUAUUGCUUAAUGUCUUGCAAAAGGGUAUGAUUUGUAUUCAUGACUUGUUUAUUUUACAUACAUUUUAUUUUAUUAAUUUGAGUUGUGAAAUACCAAUAUAGUUGUGUUCCUCAAGACAUGGAUAUACCUCACUAUAAUCAUAAUGCAAUUCAAAUGGGUCUAAAGAGUUCACAGGCCUAUUCAUUCUCUUAAUACUCGAUACUCAAAAAGAUAAAAAUCUCAAAGAUUUCAUUCACCUUUUUUGGCGAAUUACUCAUCGCUUGUUCAAUUACUCGGCAUUACAAGUUUGUGAUAUAUGGUAGUAUGUGUACUUUGUUGUUUUAUUUUUAUAAUAUACAUGUACAUCUAUAUAUUUUUUAUUUACUUCCCUAGAGCGUCUAUUCAAUUAUGUAGUACUCCCUAGAAAUGGGAUAUAACCUCCAAAAUUGAGACCUUCGAAGAACAAAAACUUCCAACAUUUUGGAUAAACUUCCAAAGGUGAAAAGGUUUUAUCAGAUUUUGUUAGUAUGAGAUAGAAAACUUAUUAUUCAAUUGAAGUCAUAGUUAACAAGUUAAUAAUAAUCAGAGCUGAGCUUUAUAGAUUUUGUUAGCAAUUUUAUAUAUAUUUGUAUGUUACACAGUUUGUAAUUGUUUCUAUCUGUCUCUUUAUCUGCAUAAUUACUUAAGUGAUGAUAUUUUAAAUAUUCAUUAGUUGUGAUUAUAAAGGGAUAUUAUACAAUCUUUUGAGAGUAUUUAUUUCGUGUUUUAGCUCGUAUGUUUUUGGAAAAAAGCUGUGGUGUGGUAAUACACCUGGUGUCCUUGCUGUCAUUGGGGAAAAACUUUAAAGACACAUACAUACUCUAUUUUGAUCUGUUAAUUUGUUUAUGUUUAUGAAUAAAGAUCAUUUUUAUUUGAAUGUUAACAACUUUUUUGCAAAUUCUUUCAAUAUAUUUAUUUUUGUACAUGUUUAUGUGUAUCAUAAAAUGUUUUUGUCUCUUAAGACUAUUUUUCAGGUUAAAUUUGUGUAAUUACCAGUGCCAGUGUUUUGAUGUUACAAACAUUUAACUUACAAAUGUUGUAUUUCUGUUCUUUGACAUAUUUUUUUGUAUAUAAGUUUUGUACGUAGUUAAAUAAAAUUA